AGAUUGGUUUAUCUUGGAAAUACCAGGUGUUGCUUAUCCUGAAGAUCAAGUGACCAAUGACAUCAGCCAUGUCAUCGAGGCCUUUUGAAAGUCCACCUCCUUACAGACCUGAUGAAUUCAAACCAAAUCACUAUGCACCAAGCAAUGACGUGUAUGGUGGAGACAUGCACCAUCGGCCAAUGCUGUCUCAGCCAGCCUAUUCUUUCUACCCAGAAGAUGAAAUUCUUCACUUCUACAAAUGGACUUCUCCCCCAGGGGUGAUUCGGAUUCUCGCGAUGCUCAUUAUAGUGAUGUGUAUUGCCAUAUUUGCCUGUGUGGCCUCCACACUUGCCUGGGACAGAGGCUACGGAAAUGGCUUACUUGGGGGUGGUAUAGGCUACCCUUAUGGAGGCAGUGGCUUUGGUGGCUUUGGAAGUGGCUAUGGCUAUGGCUAUGGCUAUGGCUAUGGGGGAGGCUAUACAGAUCCAAGAGCGGCCAAGGGCUUCCUGCUGGCCAUGGCUGCCUUUUCUUUCAUUGCUGCAUUGGUGAUAUUUGUUACAAGUGUCAUAAGAUCGGAAAUAUCCCGAACAAGAUCGUAUUAUUUGACUGUGAUCAUAAGCAGUGCUAUCCUGUGUAUCAUGCUAUUUAUUGCCACAAUUGUCUACAUAAUGGGAGUCAACCCAACUGCCCAGUCUUCUGGAUCUAUGUAUGGUUCUCAAAUAUACGCUCUCUGCAACCAGUUUUAUACGCCUGCAGCUACUGGACUCUACGUGGAUCAAUAUUUGUAUCACUACUGUGUGGUGGACGCCCAGGAGGCCAUUGCCAUUGUGCUGGGAUUCAUGGUUAUGGUGGCUUUUGCUUUAAUAAUUUUUUUUGCUGUGAGAACUCGAAGUAAGAUAGACCGUUACGACAAGUCGAAUAUUCUGUGGGACAAGGAACACAUCUAUGAUGAGCAGCCUCCCAAUGUCGAAGAGUGGGUUAAAAAUGUUUCUGUUGGUUCACAAGACAUGCCCCCACCACCAUCUGACUAUGUGGAGCAAGUUGACAGUUCCAUGGCAUACUUUUCCAAUGGUAAAGUGAAUGGCAAGCGGUCCUACCCAGAUUCUGUCUACAAAUCAACACCGGUACCUGAGGUGGCUCAGGAGCUUCCGCUAACUUCACCUGUGGAUGACUACAGACAGCCUCGUUACAGCAGCAGUGGUAACUUUGAGACACCUGCAAAAGGGGCUGCCACGAAGGGAAGAGCAGGGAAAUCAAGGAGAACAGAGCAAGACCACUAUGAAACAGACUACACAACUGGUGGCGAGUCAUGUGAUGAGCUGGAGGAGGAUUGGAUCAGGGAAUAUCCACCUAUCACUUCAGAUCAACAAAGACAAGUCUACAAGAGAAGUUUUGACACUGGCCUCCAGGAAUACAAGAGCUUACAAGCAGAACUCGAUGAAAUCAGUAAAAAUAUGUCUCGCCUGGAUAAAGAAUUGGAUGACUAUAGAGAAGAAAGUGAAGAGUACAUGGCAGCUGCUGAUGAAUACAACAGACUGAAGCAAGUGAAGGGAUCUGCAGAUUACAAAAGUAAGAGGAAUUAUUGCAAGCAGUUGAAAAGCAAAUUGUCCCAUAUCAAGAAGAUGGUGGGCGAUUACGACAAACGGAAAACAUAAAAGGCACAUGUCACCUUACUUGAGAGAUGAAGAUAUAUCUGAUGUCUCUGCAGUGUUCUCAUAAGGCAAAUGACUGGACUCUAACCUGGAAGACCAAACCUUUGAGACUAUUACAGAGUUUUGGUAGCUUUAAUAUCCCCAUAAUAUCAUCAGUAUUGCAGCAUUGUAUAAAUAACUUUUGAAAAUCAACUUAGCUAAACACUCCAAUUUAAUGAUUUUAUUUUUUAAGCAUUGGUUCUUGUAUUAAGAACUAAAUACUGUGCGAUGUUUUUAAAUCUGAAAGGAAAAGAUCCCGAUAUGAACUGUGCUGUAAACUUUCACACCC